UUCGCUUUUCCUUACCAACCAAAAUGGAGGUGAUGGUUUUAGCGCAGGAGAAAAUGGAGUUGGAUUUCAACACACCCAGAUCGCCUUCAUACUUGACUGCUCCCCCAACUCCCAGAGGCUAUGGCGACUGCUUUUUCAGCGCCCCAACCAGUCCGACCCGCCUGUCCGAGUUCUAUCGCCAUUUCGACAACUUCUCCAUGAUCGACGAGACAGACAAGAACUCAUAUGUUUCUGUACCUUUUGAUUGGGAGGACAAACCAGGCACUCCGAAAUCACCCAAAGAAGAUGAUUUCGCUUUUGAUAUUAGCGGGGAGCUACAGAAGGCGUCUCUCUCGGCGGAGGAGCUUUUUGAUGGAGGCAAAAUCCGACCCUUGAAACCCCCGCCGCGGCUCCAAAUCGACAUGCCCACCCCUCUUAUUCCAUCACCAAUAACUUCUCCAAGAUCCCCUCUCUCUCAGGGUAGGAAGAUGAUUCGCGAAGCUUUUUCACCGAGAAAGAAGAAAGACAUCGACCCAUUUGCUGCUGCCGUCGAAAAUAGUACUCGAAACAGAGCAACGCGAGAAAGAGGGAGAGAUAGAGGUAGUCAAGGUUUGGCAACUAGUUCAAGCCGUAGACAUACAAGAUCACUCUCUCCUUUUCGAGUCUCUGCAUAUCCAUGGGAGGAAGAAGAAGAUUAUAAGCAGAUUCAACAACAACCCACCAAACAAUCCGUACCCUCCAAUUCGCUUUCAUCAACUUCCUCCUCAAAGGCUUCUUCUUCUUCAAGAAAAUGGAGAUUUAAAGAUUUCUUGCUGUUUCGGAGUGCAUCUGAGGGAAGAGCAGCAGGUAAAGAUCCAUUGAGGAAGUAUUCAUCGAGUUUCCUGAGGAGACCUGAAGAUACCAAGAAUACCAGCUUCCGGUCGACGGAGAACUCUGCAUCCGCCUCCGGGUCAAAAAGAAGAGGCCGAGUUUCAGCUCAUGAGUUGCAUUACACCACGAACAAAGCAGCAUCGGAGGAUUUGAAGAAGAAAACAUUCUUGCCAUACAAACAGGGUAUUCUGGGGCGCUUUGCUUUCAGUCCCUCUCUUCAUGCGCUUAGGUUUGGAUCAUUUACACGUUGACGUUCCUGAAUCCUGCCUGAUAAAUCAUCUGUGUUUUCUUUUUUUUUUUUUCUUUUUUUCAAAUGUAAGAAAUUGAAGGCAAUUCGAUUAAUUUUUGUAAUUCAACGUACACGAUUAUUGUCUUGUGUAUGUUUAUUAACUAUAUAUAUAUAGCUGGAUAUACAAACAAGUAAUUAUAGCCGUC